CUCAAUGAUCUUGAGGGUCUCUUCCAAGCAAAAUGAUUCUGUGAUUCUAUGAUUAUGAUAGAUGUGAGGUUCCCAAAUGGCCAGGGCUUUACUGCUGGGGAGACACCAAGGGGCUUACAAGCUGCAUCCCAAAAAGGGGCAGGCUCAGCGCCUGCCAGGCAGAGCUUGGUGCUGCUGUGAUGGUCUCACUCCUUAGCUCAUUGUCAUUCCUGCUAACAGGAAUCUGGCACAAUUUUGGGUCAGUCUAUGGUUACAGUUGUGCUCCCUGGGAAGAGCAGCUGGGUGCUGUGCCCCAACCAGCCUCCCAGCUGCUGGCAAUGAAGAGGCAAUAAAGGGCGUGAGCUGGUGUGGGUGGAGGGAGCAGCGUCUGCCACCUGCCCCGUGGUCCUCCAGGAGAGACCCGACCACGCAGUGGAGAUGCUCCUGUCACCAGGCUGUGAGUGAACCCAACGGGCUGUCCUGUCUGAGGGGACAGUGGGACAAAUCUGGGGACAGCGGCCGAGCAAGGUGGGCGGAGGGUGCCUGGGGCUGUCCUGUCUGCAGGGCUGGGCAGUCUGGCAGCGGGAGGAGGUUGGCGAGCCACUUGUGAACUGCACUGUAGCAAAAACAUCUGAAAUAAUUGUAGUGUGCAUGGUGCUGGGAUCUCACUAAUUACUUUAGAUGGAGAGGGGUUUGGAACCAAGCGGUAGCAGUAUCUUCUGUUUCAUACUCCCCCGUGAGCAGCAGUGAAUGAGCUGCGCCUGUGGUUCCUUCAUAGCCCUUUCUCUUUCCUUCGCAGCACAAAGUCAAGCUGAGUGUAGUGGGUUUCAGUUUGGUUCCCAUGAGGUCAUAUAUUUGUGUAUGAAAGGCAAGACCCCUUGCACCUGCCGGCUCUGCUCCUGUGGAGGCUAGGAUAAAAAUGGGUCAACUUUUGGCCACAGAUCUUCAUGAUUAGGAAUCAUUCAAAAACCUGCCUCUGCUGGUUCUGUCACUGUUGCCUCUGAUCCAGCUCAGCCUUACGAUGAUGAGCUCCAGUGGUUUCACUGUGUUCUCUCUUCCACCCCAUCCUUCGCAGGUCAGCGCAGAGGCUUUUCCUACAUCCCUGGAGCCGCUGGCCUCCUCUCCUUCAUGAACACCAGCGUGGACUGCAUGCCCCAGGGGCUGCCCCCCGCCAUCCCCGCCCUGGGGACCCUUCUCCUGCUGGCCAGUGUCCUGCUGAACGGUGCCAGCUUCUGGGUGUUCUGCUGCCGCAUCAAGCAGUGGGAUCCGGGCAUGAUCCUGCAGUUCAGCCUGGUCCUGGGAGAUGUCCUGAUCAUCCCUGUUGCUCCGCUCAGGAUUUCCUAUCUCAGCCUUGGCAACCGGUGGCCAUUUGGGCAGUUUCUCUGCCAGUUUGAAGUGUUCCUGAACAGCACCCACGUGUACAGCAGCAUCUAUUUCCUGACGCUCAUCUGCAUCCACCGGUACUUUGUCGUUGUACGGUACAAAAGCAAGUCCCUCUGGAAGAAGAGGAGCUUCCUGAGAAAGCUGUGCUUGUUCGUCUGGCUCAUCCUCUUUAUCCAAGGGCUGCCUCUCUUCUUCCUCCUCGAGACUUCAGUUAUUAAUGGCUCAGCAAAGUGCCUAAAUAUUCAUCAGUCAGAGUUGUCCUCCGCUUAUUUCUUCUACAACAUGGUUUUCAUUGUGCCCUCUUUCCUCCUGCCCCUUGCCAUUUCCUUGACUUGUGGAGCUCUGUUGGGAGCUGCCAUUGCUAAAGCAGCAAAGAAAAGCUCCAGAGGCAAGAAGAUAAAGAGCAGGUCUCUGCAGAUGAUAACGGUGUCUCUGGUGAUUUUUGCUGUCUGCUUUGGCCCUCUGCACAUCUGCAGGACUAUUGCUGUUGUUGUGAAGUACUAUGGCAUGUCUUGCAAGCUCUUGCACCAAGUAGAAUUUGCCUACUACAUCAGCUGGGUGUUCACCAUGGCAAACACCUGUCUGGAUCCCCUGAUUUAUGUGUUUGCUAAUGACAAGUUUAAAAGGAGCUUGCUGACUCCAUUCAAAAACGCCGCGGCAUCAAGAGCGGUGUCUGUGCGAGCACUGGGCCGAGGAGCGGGCAGGUCUGAGUCCUGCAUCCCAGCGCAGGGAGAAAUAACCCGUGUCCAGGAACCUGAUUGUCCCUUGGACACCCAGAAGUCGGCAUCUCCCCAGCCCUGGAGACAGUCCUGACCUGAUUGCUGCUGUGAUGGGACCUGGCAUGCAUUUACCCAUCAGUUACCUCUUUCCAGAUGAGAAUAAAAGGUGGCGAAUGUUGAACCGUGCAUGAAUAGUACAGGAGGGAGAUACAUGGAUGGGGAAAGGUGCUUUAUCAGCCUGGUAAGAACCCCACAUUUAGUCUGUUGGAAAGUCCUGAGAAACUGAGUCCAGUCUUAUCCCCAGAAACAUUAGUUUAAAAGCCUGCAAGAAGCUACCUCCAUCCCACCCUGUUUUUCAUGCUGGAGGAUGCAAGAAGGCAGUGCUGGGGACACUGGCUGCAUGAGCUUCAAACUGGAUUUCCAUAACAGAAAGCAAGGUGCAAAAAUGACAUUACAGGGCUGUAACAUCAUUCACUUCAACACUGUGUGCUCCAGCUCUUCCCUGCCUCGGUUCAUCACUGUGUAAAAGAUACCCAGCCACGCAGAGCUGUCCUGAAUAAAUGCAGUUGCACCUUUGAACAAGAUUUAAUGCUGUUAUACAGCGGCAAACUAUGGGAAAGAAUGCAACGGAGCAAAUGCUAGAGCCAGGAGCGGAGAGAGGAGAUGCUCUUCUAGUUAAGGCAAUAGCUUGGAAGUGUGGAGUUUAUUUUUAGGCUUCGCUGUAAAUGUACUCCGUGAGCAUGACACAGGAUCCAUGUUUCACUUCUCUGUCUCUCAGACUGGUCUUUCCCUUUAGCUGUCUUGCCUCUUUGAACAGAAAACCUAUGGUUAGAGAUCGUAGCUGCAAUUUGCUGUUUGUAUCAGCAAAGCCAAACCCAGAGAUCUUGGGUUUUGUCUGGGUUUUGUGAAGAAUUUUGUACAAAUAGCAGCACUUAUUACAAUGGGGAGAAAGUCCACAUCUCCUGAGAUUAAUUGGGCUGUAGUUGGGAUUUUCAUGAAGGUUUUGGUUCGCAGGGCUCCAGUUCAGCUGAUGGCACCAAAGCAGGGGCUGGGAUGGACACCUGGGGGGACGUGUCCAGUGCAGGGGUAGGUGCAGAAAGGCAGAUUGCAGGGUCUGCUCUAAUGUACCCCAACAAAUAAUGUGUUUAUCCUAGAAACCAGUAUCAAGGGCAGGGUAGAAGUGACUGAGAGAUUCAUUUUCUAACUUGGCUUCUCUCUACUAAUUAAUUCUUUGACUAAUCCCUGCCCGUCUGCCUCACUGGGGGUUGCUGUGAAGCUUAAUUGAAUUUGUGUCUAUAAAGCACCUUGUAAGCUCAGAGGAAAGGUGGUGUUGCCUGCUGUUAGUAACGCUCUUGCUGGAUAAAUCCUGUUGCAAAACCCAGAGCUCUGCCUCACGCAGGCGCGGGGGCGGCAGCAAACAGCACUUGGUUUCGGGCUCUUACGUAGAGGAGGAAAUACGUCUGUGCUCUUGAUUUGCUGCAUAAAUAAGGGGACUUUUGCCUGUGGAAAAGGAGCCUGUCCCAGUCCCGAUCACUGCGUUUGCCAAAGUGCUCUGCAAAAAGGUGAUGCCCCAUAUUUCAAAACCCAGGUGAACAAGUGAUGGGGAGGGACUGAAACAGGAUAAGCUCCUUUUAUUUCACCAGGGAGCAUAACUCUGAUGAUUUUGAUGAUAAACACUUCUCCAGAUCAAUAUUCACCCUUCUGUUCUUAACUACCUCCCGGUUAGUAAUUCACUUGGGACAAACAGCUUUAAAACCCAGGGUUGUUCAGGCAAGUAAAGACACAACAAAUAAUCAGGAACUAAAAGGUAUCUGCAGUCCUGCGAGCCACCAUAUCCCAUCCUACAUUUAAAACCCCAAACCUACCACAAGCACCACCACAAAUCCCAUUUUCUUUCCUUGGUUUGAGCCGUUAUUGAGCAUUUAGCAGCUCCAGUAAAGUCACCGUAUUCCAGACAUGUUUGAUUUGAAUAAACUUUUGGGAAUAUGGUCCCUAUUCACUUGCAAUCCAGAAAGUGAUUUUUAGUGAAAAGUUUUAGUGUUUUAAGGUGAUUUUUCUUAUGCCUUUCUGAGAUGAACUUGUGUGCUUAUAGGGAGCAUGACCAUACCAUUACUUGGUUAAAUGCAGAUUAUCACUGCUCUAUAGCUGCAUCUGUACUGGAUCUGGUCCCUCACCCUGAAGGAACAAGACAGACCCCUUGCCCAGGGCACCGAAAGUCGGGUUCACAAGGCAGACACAGCUGGUUUCUGGCUUUGAGCAAAGAUGAGGAUGCUGAUGGCUUUGGAUGACUGACCUCUGCCGCUUUCAGGUGUCCAGAUCUCGACACCAUCUUUUCUAACUAGAUUUAAACUGACAGUGGUUCCCCCCACCCCAAGCCCUGGUUUACCCUGAAUUGCAGCUGAGGGCUGAGAUUGGAAAAUGGGAAUCAAAUAACUUGCCAUGGCUGGGCAGAAGUGGGGAGGGAAGCCCAAGCCCAGCAGGACCGUCACAGGCUAUGGCUGGUGACGAAGACUCAUCUCCAGAUUGGUUCACACUGAUUGAUCCUUCACCCACCCACGGAGGUGAUGAGCAUCACCUGUUCUGCACAGACCGGCAUGGGUGAGCACCACGGAGAUUGCUGGCUCUCUCACAGGCCCAUGUUGGGGGAUCUAUUUCCUUAAAAAUGCACAGAAGUAGCUUGUGAUUUCCAAUAAUAUUCCCCAAAGAGAGAUUUUUAUGUUUUUUGAGGCAGGGAAGAGCCAUCAGGUCCUGACUCACCAUCCACAUGGCAGAGCUCUCAUGGCACAGACUGUAAAGGGCCCAGUUACUGGCUGAGCUCUCGUGGAUGGUGGUGACCAAGGAAACAGGGUUUAUAAUCCUGUUACCAGUGUCCUAAAUCCUCCCGACUGCUUAGAGAAUGGCUGUUGGUGGUGCUGUGAUGGAUCUCAACGGGAUGGCUACAGGAACAUGUGCGGUGUCGUUUCAAUGACUUGAGUCCUUGCACUUACAAGAGAGAGACCUGCAAAUAAACAAAAGUCUGACUUGAGCGUUGCAGCUGGUUUUCUGUAGAGCAUGAUGAUCACCUAGAGAGGCCCUGGUGAACCCAGGGCCAGAAAGCUGCCAUGGCUCCAAGUCCCCCUGUAUGACCCAGCAAUAUGGAAGUCCUGGUCAUAUGUUGAUCCACCAGCUUUUAUUUUAGAUGUUGGUAUUUAAGCCCACCGAGCAGCACAGCAAAGGUGGUUCUGUGGAGCAGAAGCUUGUUGAAAGACUAUAAACCGUGGAAAUGUCUUGGAGUGCGGGCAGAGAGCACCUUUCCAUGGUGCAGCUGGGUUCAACCUUUGGACUACACCAGCGGUUUCUUCUCAGAUGACACCAAACCCAAACCAUAUG